AAAAUGAAUGGACGAUUUUUUGCCGGACGCAGAAUUGAGGCACAAAUAUUCGAUGGUAAACAAAAAUAUCAAAAGACUGGUUCCAAAUCAAAUGAAACCGAAGAAGAAGAAUCUAUUCGAUUGGAAAAAUAUGCAAAAUGGUUAGAACAAGGACACCAGCCAUAA